UAUAAAUUUAUAUGUAAUCCAGGCAUAUAUUUACAUCGUUAGGAGACAAUUUUGCAACACACAUACAAACAACUUAAACAGCAGAGAAUUCUUAUCACAAUUUUCAAAAGUUAUAAUUGAUCCAUCAAAAUGGGACGUACCAAACGCCUACGCACACAACGCCAGCGUUUAGCUUUAGAACAGCAGCAAACAAAAGAUGAACGCUUUCUGCCGGAUUUAUAUAAAUAUCUAAGUACUUUAGGUUGGAAUAAUGAGACCAAACUGACGGCACGAAACUUUCCCUUAACCGGCAGAGGUUUAUGUUCGAAGUCGGUGGCUAUUGAAAAGGAAGCUGAAAUUAUUCGUUUACCCAUCGAUGCAUUGUUAUCUAUUAAAACCAUAGAGAAUGAUGAGGAUUUUAAAAAUAUGUUUAAUGUAGAGCAGUUUGAUAAAGAUCACAAGAUACCUUUUCAAUCUUUAAUGGCCUUUUAUGUAAUGCAUCAAAAAUUGCUAGCAGCAGAAUCAAACUUCAAUUCAUAUAUAAAAUCUUUGCCCACAUAUUUUACCACGCCUUAUUUUUGUCCAGUGUCCGAAUUACAAUGCUUGCCAGAUUCGAUUUUAGAACGUACAGUUGAACAAAAUCGCAAGAUUAAAGAAUCCUUUCAAAAUCUAAAACUAGUUUAUAAAUAUCAAGAUUUUGAUUUAAAAUAUACUUUAAACGAUUUCCGUUGGUCCUAUUUUGUGGUUAAUACACGUAGUGUUUAUAUCUUUGGCAAGCAAAUUAAGCCGGAUAACUGCUUCUUUCAACCUCUAAUAGCCGAAGAUUGUAAUUUGGCUUUAGCGCCAUUUCUCGAUUUAUUCAAUCAUUCUGAUCAAUUUACAACUCAAGCAGAUUUAAUACGCAAUCCCCAAACCAAGCAAUUUGAAUUCAUUUUAACUUUGGAAAAUUGUCCCGCAGAGAAAAUCCUACCUCUUAAACAGAUUUUCAUAAGUUAUGGUGCUUUAACAAAUUUAAAGUUACUCGUUGAAUAUGGUUUCAUAUUGCCCGGAAAUCAAAAUGAUUUUUUUGAAAUCACCCUUAAUGAUGUAGAAACGUUUUUGCAACAAGAGAAAUCAUUCGUAGGUUUGAUGUUUCAUAAAAAUAAAUUUAAAUUUAUACGUGAACACAAUCUGCACGAUCAAAUGUUUGUGCAUAGAGAAGAGGGCAUUUCACACAAUCUGCAUGUUGUCUUGCAUUUACUAUUCAAAGAAGAAAGCCCAUUUCCCAAUAUUUUGAAUCAAGUUGCAUUCGGUUCUGAGGAUAAUUUGUUGACUGUAGAUGCAGAAGUAGAACUUUUAUUAAGAUUUAAAAUCAAAGAAUAUGAAAAGUUUGUGGCCACGUUGGAGAGUAAACAGAAUUUAACUAAAUCGGGUUUAGUUUGUAAGGUUUAUUUACAAGAAUGCUUAGAAUAUUUAAAUACUUGCUUAAUUAACUUACAAAGUAGCUAAUGUUGUAUUUUUUUACCGUUGAAAUAAAAAUAAAUCUAAAUAUUUUUUAUAUUUGUAAAAUUUUAAGAAAA